CGGGUCCUCAGAAGGCACAAACUUCCUCCUUUCCUUGCGCCAGUUUUGUGGGCAAAUUUAAACACAGAGGCUCGGAAGUGGCUUUAGUCGCUCCGAAAUCUAUACUCAUUCCACAUCGAAAGCCAAGCCUCCGACAGUUAUGGAAGGGCAGCAAGGACAAGAAAGCCAGGCAACCUUAGCAGUCGCUCAGGCGCAUUUCGAGAAGGGGGACUACACGGAGGCCGAGGCGCUGUACUCGGCUUACAUUCGCCAGUGCGCCUGUGCGGCCUCGGCCGGCCCGGGACCCGAGAGCAAAUGCAGCCCUGAGGGUUUGGCUACUGCAUAUAACAACAGGGGGCAAAUCAAGUACUUCAGGGUUGAUUUUUAUGAAGCCAUGGAUGACUACACAUCUGCCAUAGAAGUCCAACCCAGCUUUGAAGUUCCGUAUUACAACAGAGGGCUGAUAUUGUAUAGACUGGGAUAUUUUGAUGAAGCUUUGGAAGAUUUCAAGAAAGUAUUAGAUUUAAAUCCUGGAUUUCAAGAUGCUACUUUGAGUUUAAAACAGACUAUUCUAGACAAAGAAGAAAAACAAAGAAGAAAUAUUGAAAAAAAUUACUAAACUUUUUAAUUUAAUUGAAAUACUAAUUUAUGAUCCUUAUACCUGCAUCUAAUUGGCUGUAAUUUAAGAUAGGCAUUGAACUCUUUUGAUUUAUAUUUAAGAUCAGAGAUUCAUGCAUUAGCAUUGAAAGUUAAUGUUAAGAUUGUUAAUUUCAAGUUGAAAACUAUUUUCAUAGGGCUGAUUUUUAUAAAGUAUAAAUAAGUAAUCUCAAUGUAUAAGUGUGUAUUAUUAUUGUAUAAUAUUUUAAAUAAAUGUGGAAUUCUCUUCAGUAAAA